AGCACGAGCGGCUGCCAGCAGUCCAUCCAUGGCGACCGACGGCGGCGGCGGCGGCGGCGGCGCGGCGGCUGAGAGGCGCAGGUUCUUCGUCGCAGUCCACGUCGGCGCUGGAUACCACUCGCCUUCCAACGAGAAGCCCCUCCGGCUCGCCAUGAAGCGGGCCUGCCUCGCUGCCGCUUCUCUUCUCCGCAAGGGUUCCGGUGGAUGUCUGGACGCUGUUUCAGCUGCCAUUCAAGUGCUUGAGGAUGAUCCUAUCACAAAUGCGGGACGUGGGUCCAACUUGACAGAAGAUGGUCACAUCGAAUGUGAUGCCAGCAUAAUGGAUGGUACUUCUGGGGCAUUUGGAGCUGUAGGAGCAGUGCCUGGUGUCAGAAGUGCUAUUCAAAUUGCUACUUUACUAGCCAAGGGGCAGAUGCUGGAGUCCUCCUUAUUGGGUCGGCUGCAUCCCAUGUUUUUGGUUGGUGAAGGUGCUCGCAAAUGGGCAAAGGCCAAGGGUGUUGCUCUGCCUGUGACUAUAGAUGAAGCUGAAGAGUGGCUGGUGACAGAAAGGGCAAAAACACAAUGGGAGAAAUACAAAGAAAUGGUUAGUGAUGCUAGAGCUGAGAAAAAGACCACUAUCGAGCAACCUAUGCUCCGGAAACCAGUUGAAGUGUCAGACGAUAUCAUCAUGGACACCGUUGGAAUUAUUUGCAUUGACAAUGAAGGACACAUAGCAUCUGGCGCUUCAAGUGGUGGUAUUGCAUUGAAGAUUAGUGGCCGUGUCGGAUUGGCUGCAAUGUAUGGCGCGGGUUGUUGGGCAUCUUCAAAGGGUCCAUUUGGGGCUCCUUUUAUUACAGGCAGUUGUGUCUCUGGUGCAGGGGAGUACCUAAUGAAGGGUUUUGCAGCUCGCGAGUGCUGCGUCUCAUCAUCAAUUUCACAGGCAGGUCCUGCGUCUGCUUGCAUGAAAGUUUUACGUUCCAUACUCCAGGAGAGCAGUCAACAUGGUAUUGAUGGAACUGCCGGCAUUUUAUCAGUACAAGCUGACACUUCUGUGCCAGUGCCAGGAUCUUCACCAAAGCUGAAGGCUGUAGAGAUUGCCGCUGCUUACUCUUCGUCAUCCUUUGGUAUUGGAUACUUUGGAAGCUCAAUGGAACGGCCAAAGGUUUCAAUCCUUAGGAGCACAAAACAGCAAAAGACAACUAGAAUUGAUCAUUUUGAAGCUCGGAUUGAUCUUUCUACACAUGGAGUGCUGUGAUUGCUCAUGCUUACAUAACAAGCACUUGCCAUCCAAAUAACUUAAAGCACCCGAGAGAUAAAAGAUAUGUAUACUAUGGUAUUGAUUUAUCUACCUAUCCAAGUGUGAAUAGGUCUUAGAGUCUAUGCCUAGCUACAAUGGGGUUUCUGGAAUAAACAAAAGAAUGGAGAGAAGCCUUAGGGAUUUCUGGAGUUUUGAUGUGGCAAGAAAGGAACUGGAAGAUCUUAUCAGUUAAUUUUCAAGGAGGAUUAACUCCACUGUAUCAAAGCAAUGAAAUAUUGCAAUACGAAGAAUGAUAGCUGUUAAGUUUUUUUAUC